AGCCCCGCCCGCUGUCGGAUCAACGGACACACAUACACGCACAUUUGCCGCUCCUGCUGGAACAUUAUAGUUGCGUGGCUGUUGUUGUUUUAUUUUGUUUAUACUAUUUUCUUGGCCCAGCGCGUGUGGCACGGAGUAACGGUCGCAGCAUUCCCGUGCAGGAGUUGAGCACGGAUCGUGAAGCGCAGGUUUUGUUCAGCAGAGGAUUCUGAGUGAAUACAGCCGAGCGAGUGCAGCGGAGGACGCAGCAGAGACGUCACCAUGUGCAUUUGACAAAUACCCGGGGGCCAUACAGGCGAGCUGAUGAGGAUGACGAUGGUGAGUGAGGUCUUACCGUAGUGUCUGAUGGUUUGAUAAUAAUGGACGUCCCCAAUGGCCAGCCCAGCGUCUCCACCUUCACGACCCCGGCCUCAGAGAGGAGCAGCAGUUCUGAGUCCCUCAGUGAGAAGGGCCCAUCGGAGCUCAAGAGUUUUGACGCUGUGGUGUUCGACGUGCUGAAGGUCACGCCAGAGGAAUAUGCAGGUCAGAUCACUCUCAUGGAUGCUCCAGUGUUCAAAGCCAUCCAACCUGAGGAGCUCUCUAGUUGUGGCUGGAACAAAAAGGAGAAACACAGUUCAGCUCCCAAUGCUGUGGCCUUCACAAGACGCUUUAACCAGGUGAGUUUCUGGGUGGUGAGGGAGAUUCUUCAUGCUCAAACUCUGAAGAUCAGAGCAGAAGUUCUGAGCCUCUAUAUCAGAACGGCAAAGAAACUGUGUGACAUGAAUAAUCUCCAUGCAGUGAUGGCGGUAGUAUCUGCUUUACAGAGCGCCCCUAUCUUCAGGCUCACCAAGACCUGGGCUCUUUUGAGUCGAAAGGACAAGGCCACGUUUGAGAGGCUGGAGUAUCUGAUGUCUAAAGAAGACAACUAUAAACGCUUGAGAGAUUAUAUCAGCAGCCAGAGCAUGACAUCCUGCAUCCCGUAUCUGGGUAUAUAUCUGUCUGAUCUGACCUACAUCGAUUCAGCGUAUCCCUCCACCGGCAGCAUUCUGGAAAACGAACAGCGUUCCAACCUCAUGAACAACAUUCUGAGAAUUAUCUCUGACCUGCAGAGAUCUGUUGAAUAUGAUAUCCCAGUAUUGCCGCAUGUCCAGAAGUAUCUCAACUCUGUUCGCUACAUCGAGGAGUUACAGAAGUUUGUGGAGGACGACAAUUAUAAGUUGUCCCUAAAGAUUGAGCCACCAGCUACCAGCACACCUCGCACCACUGCCUCUAGAGAAGACCUCACAGGUCCAGACACAUCUGCGUCACCUUUAUGUGGUCGUCGUGGUAAUGUUGCUGAAGGUGCCCUGCCUAAAAUCCCCCCGACGCCACCGUCGCCCCGGAACCUCAUCACCUACGGACACAGGAAGUGCCACAGCCUCGGCUACAAUUUUAUCCACAAAACAAACACGGUGGAGUUUAAAAGCGCCACGUUCCCCAACGCCGGAUCCAGGCACCUGCUGGACGACAGCGUCCUGGAAAGUCACACACCCACACGAGGACAAGCAGAGAGCUCAACACUGUCUAGCGGCAUUUCACUGGGAAGCAGUGAAGGGUCGGAGCUCAGUGAGGAGAUGUCGUGGCCUGCCUUUGAGAGGACUCGAUUCUACCACUCUCUGGGCCCCGUCUGCAGAGUGGGCCGCAUUUCCUGCAGAGGAGCGCUCAGGCCCAGCAGCUCUGCAGAGUCGGAGGAGCUGGCGGUGCAUCUGUACCCAGGAGCCGUCACAGUUCAGGGGGUCUUACGCAGGAAAACAGUCCUCAAGGAGGGCAAGAAACCCACGGUGGCAGCGUGGACUAAGUAUUGGGUGGCUCUUUGUGGUACUCAGCUUUACUAUUAUACUGCCAAGUCCCUCAAGGCCACAGAGAGGAAACAUUUCAAAUCCACCGCCAGCAAAAGUGUUUCUGUUUUGGGCUUGAUGGCCAUGAUGGCAGACGACCCGGAGCAUCCUGACGUCUUCCUGCUGACCGACUCUGAGCAUGGAAACUCAUACAAGUUCCAGGCGGGGAACAGAAUGAACGCUCUGCUGUGGUUCAAACACUUGAGUGCGGCUUGUCAAAGCAACAGGCAGCAGGUCCCAGCGAACCUAAUGUCCUUCGAAUGAGUAAGACCAGGGCGAAUCAAACACAUGGAGAGCUCUUGAGCGGCUGGAUGACGGGAGAGCAGAGGAACAUGAAGACCGCUGGGGACGGAGGACGAAAUAAAAGAGCAAAUGACUCAUGUUUUGUGUGCGUCGGAGCUUUUCCACUGCCAUCACCCAGCCUGAACCCCACAGCAAACUCCUCGAGCACCACUGCCUUAACAAGCAGAGUGUGAGUGUAUGUAUGUGUGAAAGAGAGCGACACAAUGCGACGCCCCCAGCACCAACGGUGUCCCUUCUGCUGGUUUGACCCGAAAGGACCUGAUUCCUUCUUCCUUUUACAUUUUAUUUACACUUCCUCCAUCUUCCAUCCGAUUCCCAGCAAGCGAGGAACUUGGAUUCCUCUUGGGCUCUUCUCGAAGAACUCUUCAUGGAGUUUGUUUACACCUUCUUUAUCGUUUGUUGCUUGAGUUUUAUGUAUUAACCAGUUGUAAAUCUAAUCAGCGCUCCUCCGUCUUUGACCAAACACACCCAGGAAACUCUCCACUCGCACAAGACGCGUCAAGAUUGCGUCUUCACACACUCAAGUUAGGCUAAUGCAAGCACGACACCAAGAUUUUCCACAAACUGCAAGAAAUGCAGGCAUCUCCAACCAGAAAGGGCUCCGAUACUCAAUGAAUUCCAGAUGAAGAGAACCUCUUUAUCUUCCAAAUGUCUCCUUCAGAGUUUUCUAUUCGAUUUCUGUGCUCUUUUAUGGAUUCUCUAACCUUCGUUUUAGCUCAUAUCAACACAAACACAAAAACUUGUUUGUUUUGCUAGAAGGCACCUGAGGUGUUCAAAACAAGGGUGUGUAGGAAGAACAGGUUGAGAAGAGCUCAUCAUGCAGGAACAAGAUGUUUGAAGCAACUCCUUUAUGGUAAGACUCGUACAGCUUCAAAACAUCUGCAAUAAGCACACCGGUUCAAUCAAACAGCUUUCGGAUUCGUCUGUGAAGACGCACGUACAUAAACACACUUUUUUUCAAGCUGUGAAUGUUAGUGGGCGCAGACGUCAGUUGGUUUACAUCUUCAAACUUGUAUUUAGUCCCAUUAUAUUUAGUGUGAACGAUGGGAAUCGGAGCAGGAGAUAUGGAGCAUCAAUGGCCCACUGCGAUUUUUAUGUCUUUUGCUUUAAUGUGGUUUUAUUUUGUUAUUUUAUUUCAGUAUUACUGGGAUAGUUGCACAUGUCUAGACUGUUUUAAAUUGUCUGUUACAUUAACAUGUUAUGUAUGAUUUUGUCUUUUUCGUUUUGAAAGGAACGCAACCUUGGCUUGGCUUCAGUGGGAUGGUGGGAUGUUUUCUUCUCGUUGAGCCAUUAAGGUUCUUGUUUGCUCAUUUAGACAGCUUUAUCAGUUUCUUUUGGGAACAAGAGAUGUCUUUUAAAGGAGAAGUCCACUUCCAGAACAAAUAUUUACUGAUGAUGUACUCGCCUCCUUGUCAUCCAAGAUGUUCAUGUCUGUCUUUCUUCAGUCGUAAAGGAAUUGUUUUUUGAGGGAAACAGUUCAGGAUUUUUCUUCAUAUAAUGGACUGCUAUGGUGCCCCGAGUUUGAACUUCCAAAAUGCAGUUAAAGUGCGGCUUCAAACAAACCCAAAUGUCCCAAAUGUGGUUGAAAAUGAUCCCAGCCGAGGAAAAAGGGUCUUAUCUAGCGAUACGAUUUUCAAGUUUUUUGACAUACCCCAACUGUCAUGAACCGGAAAAAAACCGUUCAGGCAGAGUAAGGCAAGACGAGUGUUUAACAAGUAUAGAAAUUGUAUUGUUUUUAUGAAAAUAACUGGUUGUUUCGCUAAACAAAACCCUUCUUCCUCGGCUGGGAUCGUUUAAAGCUGCAUUUAAACUGCAUUUUGGAAGUUCAAACUUGGGGCACCAUAGAAGUCCACUAUAUGGAGAAAAACGCUGAAAUGUUUUUCUCAAAAAACGACUAAAGAAAGACAGACUUGAACAUCUUGGAUGACAAGGGGGUGAGUACAUUAUAUGUGAAUCUUUGUUCUGAAAGUGGACUUCUCCUUUAAGCUCAGAACAAAUGGUUAGCGUUCUGCGGCGUAACAAAGGCGGGACGGGAUGAUUAGAUUCAUCUUUUGAUUUUUACUAGAUGCUUGCGGUGUAUUAUUUGGAACAUCAUACGUCUUGUUUCAAAUACUCUUGAGUAAUAACAGACAUGAAUCCAAGUUUGCUUGGAUGAUGAUUGCAGGAAACUUCUUUCAGAGUGUCGAAGUGCUGCAGCAUUUUUUUAAUUUGACCGAGAAUGAUAAACCAAAUUGACAUGGAUGAAUGGUAAUGGAGGAUUUGGCAAAUGGUUUUUAUUCAGGCCUGAUUUCAAUAGCAAGUUAUCGCCAUUUCCUUUUGAGUGGAUUUGAGUGGACUCUGAGGUUGAGGAUGGGAAACUGGCCAUCUUGCAUUGCUUGUCUUCUAAAACAAUAUUUUUGUAAGGUAUCUUUAACCUAAAAUGGAAAAUUUACAGGAAAUGGUUGCGUCCGGCACAGGCAAUACUGAGACGUUUGAGAAAUGCUGGUUAGCUGAUCUGGGGUGUUUUUUUUGUUUUGUUUUGUUUUGUUUUUUUUGUUUACAUGCAUUUGAAAUUUUCUGAGCCUUUAAAGGGAACCCUGGGUAUUAAGACUUGUAUAGUUUAAUAUAACAUAAAUGAUGUCUCUUAAUGAAAUAUAUAGUGGAAAACCCAUAAAACAUUCCACAUGGUUAUAUACAUAUUUUGGACUAUGGGGGGUGCCAUUAUUAUCGGUGAGCUACUGACACUCAACAAUGCUAUUUCUACUGCUACGCAACUCAAAACGCAAAUAAAAUAGUGAUAUGAUGACCACAGCUACUGAAAGAGCUUACAGGUGGCGAUGGAUAUAAGCAUAGCCUUAAAUCAAAUGCCGCACUAUCGAUUUUCCUUACAAAGAGUCGAAACGCACCAGGUUAUCGAGUGAAAUCCACGCUGAGAAACUCCUUCAGUGGUUGCGGCGUCAUAACAAGCGUCGGCACGUUUACAUCCUGCCAGGAUGGCAUCUGGCGUUUCUUGUCUCUGCCAUUUGUAAGCUCUUUCAGUAGCUGUGCUCUACUAAAAGCCUCAAAGGCAUCAGGGGUAAAGUGGAGAGAACAAAGAUUUUUAAUCGUAAGUUUUAAUCGUCUCAUACUUUUCUCCUUGUUCUUAUCACUAGGAAAGCAGUGAAGACUUGCAUCACUUCUCUUGUUGCCCUUUAACUGAAAUUACAACUAAAAGGCUCACAAUGUGGCAUCUGUAUUUUAUUUUUCGAGUUGUGUUGUGGUAAAAAUAGCAACAGGCAGUGGUAUUAGCUCAUUGAGUACAACUGUUUUAUGUAAUCAAAAUAAUGGCGCCCCCCAUAGUCCAAAAUAUGUAUAGAAGGAUGUGGAUUUUUAAAAUAAGAUAAAUCUUUCAUGGGUUUUCUACUGCGUAUUUUAGUGAGAGACAUCAUUUGCGUUAUAUUAAGCCAUACAAGUCUUAAUACCCAAGGUUCCAUUUAAUAUCAGGUAUUAGCACUUUGGGUUGUAAAAAAGCUCUGAGAUAUCUGAAGCUCUGCCACAUGGAAAAAGCUACGGAGGUCAGUCAGCAAAAUUAAACGUUCGAAAAGCUGUCGACAAAGUGUUUACAUGAUAAAUGAACGUGAAUUUUGUUUUGGUUCAAGCUGUGAAAGUGCCAUGAGGCUGUUGUGAAAGCACAGGCAGAGAAGUUUCAGAAGAUCUUGACCAACCACGUGAACUUGGCACCGUGAAUUAAAAGAGAAAGGUGUUGAAAAGGACAUUUUUCUUAGUGGAACGUCACGGCAGACUUUUACUGAUAUGAGUUAUGCAUCUUGACAAGUCUCCAGCCUUUUCCAGCGGGGACUUGGACCAAAGUAAAUUAUGAUGUUGUUGGUUUCUGUGGCAUUUUCUGGGUUUAUUUCUCUAAAACGUUCCUUAGAGUUGGAUGACGGUUGACGUUAUGGAAUAGCGAGAGCAAGAAACAGCGUAUGGUUAAUAAACAGAGACAGAAGAAUGGUGGGAAACGUGAUUAAGCUGCCUGUUAUCUAAUACAUUUUUGGACCUUUUCAGGAUUGUUUUUGUUCUAGUUGUUUAUUAUUUCACACUACAUCUCUUUCUGUCUCUCUUUUUUGUGAACAAUAAUGAAAUGACAUUUAUUUCCUCUAAAAUGUUAUUUUUGUUGUUGCUGGUUUGUCUUUUUUCAGUCUUUUCAGUGAAAUUCUCUACAUCUCCAACACACUUUGUACUAUUCCGUUUUUCUGUAUGUACAUUGCAUAUGAAAUCAAACACACACACGAUAUUGAUAGAUGGACUUCUCAUCUUCUCUGCCGCUUUCUUUGGCUGUUUGAACUUCACCGCAUCACUUGUUUUAUGUGGUGUUGUGUUACAUUGGAAUGAUACGAAUUUGUAGUAAGUUGAUUAUGAAAUGAAUUUGCUUGUGUGUGUGUGUGUGUGUGUGUCUCACUCUGUGCCAUUCUGUGUCACCUGCUCCCACCCACCUUGUAUCCUCCCUGUCUGACCCCACAGCGGCUAGGACCGAUGGCCCAGGCUAGCGCUAUGACCUUUGAACUGAGAGAUGUGCUCCUGGGUUCCAGACAGGACAAAACUAAUAAACACUUUUGGUUGUAUGUUUUUUAA